AUGGUUUAUGGGAAUAAAUUAAAUUUCUUAUGGACUUUAGGUUUCUAUCUGAUAGCCAGUCAAUCGUCUCCCAGCGUACCUUCCAUCGAAGACAAGAGUUUCAUAAGGGACUGUGUCGAAGCUCACAAUGAAAUGCGUCGCACAGUCCAUCCCUCCGCGGCCAACAUGAAAUACAUGUCUUGGGACAAAGGUUUAGCGAUGACUGCAAAAGCAUGGGCAAACAAGUGCCAAAAACAACCUAACACCUGCACAGAAAAACCAUAUCUGUGUCAUCCAACUUUUAAAUAUGUGGGAGAAAAUAUUUGGUUAGAUGGGUCAUACCAAUUUAAACCAGAAUCUGCUAUUGGUCUUUGGAAUAAUGAAAAGAUGAAUUAUAAUUAUAGUAUUUUUUAUUGUUCCGAAGUUUGUGACCAUUAUACACAGGUAGUUUGGGCUGAUUCAUAUAAAGUUGGUUGUGCAAUGAGAACUUGUCCUCUACCUGAGGGAGCUUCAACUGCAAUAUUUGUAUGUGAUUAUGGACCUCUAGGAAAUAAUGUAGGGGAACGACCUUACAAAGAAGGAUAUCCCUGCUCUUCUUGUGGAAAAAAAGACACUUGUGAAAAAAGCCUGUGCAAAAAUGAAGAACGUGAAAAACUUAUCGAAUAUUCAAAUUGGAAUCCACAGGGAAAAGCAUCACAGUGGACAGCAUGUAAUAUAUUGUACAUAGUUUGUAUUCUUCUUAGAAUGUUUUAA